AACCCUAAACUCUGUUUCUUCUUCCCCAAACAGUUUAUGCCAAAUUCACUCCCAGCUAAUAAAAUAAAAUAGAAAAACUCGUUGAGCCGCCAUUGUUUCCGUACUAUGGAGCUUAAACUAGCCACCGCCGAGAAACAAGUGCUUGACGAGUUGGUGAAGCUAUUGCAGAGUCGAGAUUUGCGUGGCGAAAAUGGAAACUGGAAGGAAUUUUUACAUGUUUACGACAAAAAUGCUGAUUCACCAAGUGAUCCUUCGAGGCGUUCUCAUGAAGAUUUGGUUCAGUUUCUGACAACUUUUAAGAAGAAAGAAGAUUUGCAACUUCUGAAAUGUCACGCCAAUCAUCUUCUGAUUGAAAAUUUGAAGCAAGAAUCCCAAGAUGAAGACACUCCUGAGCAGAUGCUAGUUAGAUUGACAGUUGAGCAUCCGAGUUACUCGUUAGACUAUUCUUUCAAGCCAUACUCAGAGGACUGGUUUGUAUCCGAUGUUGGAAUGAAGAUGAAAAAGGUGAUGGAAUCAACUAACAUGGUAGCUGUUGAUUGUGAGAUGGUUCUUUGUGAAGAUGGGACUGAGGGUUUAGUUAGAGUUGGUGUUGUAGACCGUGAUUUAAAGGUGAUUCUUGACGAGUUUGUGAAACCGAACAAACCUGUUGUUGACUAUAGGACAGACAUUACAGGGAUUACUGCUGAAGAUAUCGAAAAUGCUAGUCUCUCUGUGGUAGAUAUACAGGAAACUUUGCAGCCCUUUCUUUCUACGGGUACGAUUUUGGUUGGUCACAGUUUAAACAGAGAUUUGGAAGUGUUAAAGAUAGAUCAUCCUAAAGUAAUCGAUACCGCACUUGUAUUCAAGUAUCCGAAUACACGAAAGCUCAGAAGACCUUCACUUAACAACCUUUGCAAGUCUAUUUUGGGUUACGAAGUCCGAAAGACCGGUGUUCCUCAUGAUUGUGUACAUGACGCAUCAGCUGCGAUGAAACUUGCACUUGCUGUUGUAGAGAAAAGAGUUGACACAACAAUCAAACCAUCUAAAGAGAUGUUGGAGGUUGAGAAAGCAAAACUCUUUCUACAUAAAAUCCCUAACAAUGUGCCAUCUGAAGAGCUUGAGCAAGUUCUUUCUGGAAAGUUUACACUUGAUGUGAAGCAAGCAAAAACACAGGGACGUUACUAUUGUGCAUUUGCUCUUUUCCAUAGUUCAGAAGACGCAGAUCAAGCAUUUGAACACAUUGAUGGAAUCGAAAUGACGGAUUCAUUGGGUUUGCCACAAAAAGUGGUCAUCAUUAAGCUGAGUUCAGGAUCAAGAGCUAGUAUAUAUGUCCGUAAAAUGGUUCAAGAUGAAUGAUGCAACCUAGGAUUAGAUUAACUAUUCAAUGAAUUGUUUUUUCAGAUAUUUGAACAAUCAAUGGCAAAAUUCAAUGACUAGUUUUUUUUUUU